AAGCGCCGACCGAGCUGACAGCCUCGGCUCGGGAAUUGGAGCCAGGGCUCAAUGCUUAGUCAAGCAGGCCGCUUCUCCUUCCGAUCCGAUCAUUCACGACGUCCUUCCAUGGCAAUUUCAAUCAAUAAUAAUUCUUCGAAUUUUGUACCUCAACAAUAACCAUCGUCGAGCCAACUCGUUCGGGUCCGUCGUCAAUCCUGAUUCCUGCCUGAUUCCCGCAUCCAGCGUGAAUCUGCGAUACCCGGAGCUCCCAAGCACGUGAAAGGAUCAUUCCAUCAAGAUGGUCGCCGACGCUGUUGUCUACCACCCCUCGGUCGCUCACUACCUGCGCUUUGUCGCAACGACCGUCGGCCGCGACAAGGUCCUGCGAACGCUGCAAUACUUUGCCCGCUUCUACGCGUGGUACCUGUACCGCACCAACAAUGCCAAAUCGGUGAUUGCGCCAUGGGAGUCGAUCAAGAAGCAAUUCGGCCUGACGCGCAAAGUGAUGCGCGCGGGCAAAUUCGUCGAGCACCUCAAGGCCGCUGCUGUGGCCUUUGAUAACAAGAACCCGGCCGACCCUGUCCUCAAGAACCUCGCUAUCGGCCGACAACUCGGGUAUGCGGGCUAUUUGACUCUGGAUGCGGUGACUCUGGUUGAUGCGCUGGGCGUGAAGAAGAUUGAAAGUGUGAAGAAGCUCCAGCAACACGCUUAUCGGUUCUGGUUCUCCGGCCUGUUCUUCAGCUUCGUGGCUGGUGUGUACACAUUAUACCGUCUGAGCGAGAAGGAGAAGACGGUGAAUAGGAAGGAGGGCGAAGGUGUUGUCGAGGCGAAGAAGAUCGAGAGGGAACGCGUCGCCGCUCGCAUCCAGCUCAUUUCCGAUAUUUGCGAUUUGACUGCUCCUAUUUCGGCUCUCGGCUGGGUGAAUCUGGACGACGGCAUUGUUGGUAUUGCUGGUACCAUCAGCUCGUUGAUUGGCGUCCGGUCCGCCUGGAAGAAGACUGCUUAGAGUCGAGAACUUAGAUUGAAAUACCAAAGUACGGAGAGUGAAACAGCUUGGUUCGUUGUUGUGAGCUUUGUCUGUAUCUUUAUGACUAUAGCCCUUGCCUGCCCUUUGACUUGUAUAUCCUUUAGCAGAUAUUUUUCUAGUUGCUCAGAUACUGUUCAUAUCGUUGAGCAUUGCGAAUUUAUUGUCUUCAUGUCCAGAAAUAGUUACAUGUUUAGAUGAUCGUCGUCAAUACAUGUAGCAUUGAACGGGCACAGUACAUGUUACGGACAUGUGCAGGGAUGAUAAGCCCCUAGUUAAUCGUCUGUUUUACUAUCCUCAAUUCUUAUUUAAACUUUCUCUUUUCUUUUUUCC